AUGGAGAACGGUUCAACAAUUGUCUCGUCGCCGGUCAACCUCGACCUACAACUCCCCCAUGUCGUUAGCGGAGGAAAGCGAGCCAGUUACUAUGUUGCUGUCGCCUUUAUCCUGUUCGCCGCAUGGUUGAUCCAGUCGAGAAAACAGUCAGCCAAGAUCGAAGUUCCACUCUACAAAGCGUCCAAAACGAAGUGGAUAUUCGAUGCCGAGACUUUGAUCAAGGACAGCUACGGCAAGUUCCGGGACCGUGUAUAUCAAAUCAAAAGCACUGAGGGCGUCCAAGUCCUUGUACCCGCAAAACUCCUCGGAGAGCUUAAAGGGUUGCCAGAGGAUGUACUCAGUGCUACCGAGGCGGUUUCCGAGGCCCUUCAAAGCAAGUACACCAAGUUUUCGGCUGGACGCAAUGGCGACCUGUUGUCCCUUCUGGUGCGGACCAAGUUGACUCAGAACCUGACUCGGGUUGUACCUCGAAUGAAGGCUGAGUUGGAACACAUCAUCGCAACGGAGUUCCCAUCCUGCGAAGACUGGACCCCAGUGAAAUGGCAACCCUUCAGCCUCCGAGUCAUCUCUCGUCUCAGUGGGCACGCCUUUGUCGGUCCUGCACUGAGUCGCGAUGAGAAGUGGAUGGAUACCAGCAUCCAAUUCGCCGUCCACGUCUUCACUGCUUGCAUCAAGCUUCAAUUCUUCCCCGAAUGGGCCCGUCCGGUUGGCCAGUACUUCGUUUCCGAGUUGGGACAAAUUCGAAAGGACAUCGAGAUCGCCAAGGGGAUGCUCAAGCCCAUUUUUGAGCAACGGCUACGCGAUAUGGAAACACCCACCAGCGAGGAUGCACCUGACGACAUGAUCCAGUGGCUCAUCGACACAUUGCCAGAGGAGGACAAGGGGGAUCUUCAGACACAAGCCGAGUUGCAGCUAAUUCUGGCUGCGGCAUCCAUCCAUACUACGAACAACCUACUUUGCGAGUGUAUUUCCGAUCUGGCAACGUACCCCGAGUUCCAAGACGAGCUGCGAGAGGAGGCAUACCAGAUUCUCGAGGUAGAGGGAGGGUGGGCUCGGAAGGAGAGCAUGGCGAAGUUGAAGAAGUUGGACAGCUUCAUGCGAGAAGUCCAACGCUUGCGCGGAAACAUUAUUUCCUUCAUCCGCAAAGUCAUGAAGCCCAUUUCCCUCUCUGACGGUACUCAACUCCCGGCUGGUACCAGCGUCAUCGCACCGCAGGCCGGCAUCUCUCACGACGAACGCUACUUCCCUGACCCUGAGCGUUUCGAUGCCCUGCGCUUCUACCGCCUGCGCCAGGAGUCCGACGAAGCAAGUAACAGGUGGCAGUUUACGUCCCUGAAUAACACCAACAUUAACUUCGGCGCUGGCAAGCAUGCCUGCCCUGGUCGUUUCUUUGCCAGUAACGAGGUCAAGCUUAUUCUCGCUUAUUUGCUCAUCAACUAUGAUAUUCGGCUAAAGAAGGGCGAGGAGCGGCCGAAGGGCAUGGCGAUGGUUAUGACCAAGGCACCAUGUCAAAACACGGAGCUCGAGUUUCGGCGUCGAUCAUUAGGGGUUUAG